AUACUUACCGGAUCCGGCUCGGUCCGGUUCUUCUUGCUCAUAGAACCGUCAAACGCCCCCACCUUCUUCUUCAAGGACUCUCUGCGUAGCUAGGGUUUUGAAACGGCGGAGGCGGCCGUCGCGGUGGGGCCGAAGAUCAUGGUGGGAUUCAAGGACCGGUACAUGGUGAUGGAGGUUUUCCUGGAUCCGAAUCGAGAGCUCGGGGUGGAUGACCCCAUCAUACUCACUCAAUUCAACGUAUCCAAAGCGAUACGGGACAGCAUCCUCGUGAACUUCGAGUGCGGCCUCGCUUCGUCUCUCGGAUCCUUUCAAGUGAAGUAUGUAAAUCCCAUCACGAAGCUUUGCAUCAUCAGAGCUUCUAGGGAGGAGCACCAGAAAGUUUGGGCUGCGAUCACCUUGGUCACGAGCGUCGGAAAUUGCCCGGUGCUGUUUAAUUUACUCGACUUGAGCGGAAGCAUCAAGGCCUGUAAAAAAGCUGCCUUGAAGUGUGAUGAGUUGAAGUUUGAGCAGUACAAGCUUGUCUCCAGGUCUCGUCUCUCACCCGAGGUGGUUCAGCAGAUGCACAACUGCCAAGAAAAGAUUAAAAUUUUGGAGCACUAGGAGCGCUGCCCUUGUAUAGUGUACAUACCUUUGGCUGGUCUACCGAAGCAGGGCAAUUGAGAAACCCUUUUCAACUUUCACCUUAAGGAUCAUAACUUUCCUCUUCUUUCCCAAGCCCCCUCAACCAUCUUCUCACUGGAGUUGAUAUCCUGUAUAUCAGACAUGCCAGGUGAGCUUUACGGCUUCAACUGCCAUGACUUGAAAUGCAUGCCUACAUGCCUACUCUUGUCCAUGGGUUAAAUCUCCAUUACUGAAUGUAAUUGAUCCCAUAGCCAGAUGAUCAUAUGGGUUUUGUCGAUUCAUGUGAUUAGAUUUACACCAAGGUUCAAGAUGCAAUGUGGAAUAUGAAGCUGAGAGAAUAUAGUUUGAGCGCAAGUACAAAAGAAUUGCCGGUACAGUUUAUGCCUUUUGCAGGCAGUGUGCACCAGUCUGAUUCCUCUCUACUGCAUGGGACAAUUUUGGGGUAUCUUCAAACAACCAUCUUUUUCUUGUUUUUAUUUAUGUUUUUAUUUCCUCUUUUUUUGAUUUGUUUGGGUGCGUCCGUGUUUUCUAACUUUGACAUGUUGUAUGCGAGUCUAUUGAUGUGGCACUUCAGAAAAAUGGGGUCAAAUUUGGCAAGGUCUAUUUCAAGUAUUAAUUUCAUAUAA